AUGUGUGCUCGUCGUUCUCAAUGUGAACUUGAAAAACUUUCUACGUCAAAGUUUUACUUAGCAUUUGAAUCGACUACAUUGAGACGCGAUUAUAUUACUGAGAAGUUUUGGCGAUCAUUAUCUCAUGGCACAAUACCUAUUGUUUUUGGUCCAAAACGUCGAAGUUAUGAACGAAUUGCGCCUCCUAAUUCAUUUAUUUAUGCAAAAGAUUAUAGUGAUCCUCAAACGCUUGCUAAGCAUUUGAAGGACGUGGGAGCAAAUCAGAAUGAGUAUGAAAAGUAUCAUAAAUGGAGAAUGAAGUAUGAAACACGAUAUUUAGGUCGCGAUUUGGAACCAGUUCGUUUUUGUGAAUUAUGUUAUAAACUGAACACGUAUAGAGAUCGUAUUUGGUAUACUGACGUACAUAAAUACUUUUUAGAAACAGAUUAA